UACACCAUCUGUGGUUCCACAAAUUCCGCUUUGUAAUCAUCGGUGUCUGAAGUCAUAGUCAUUGAUUUUGAUCGAAAUAAGUUAGAAUUUUAUAUUAAAUUGGAGUUUUAGGAAAAAUACAUAAUGGGUCAGAAUCAAUCUGGCGGAGGCAGCGGUGGAGACAAAAAAGAUGACAAAGAUAAGAAGAAGAAAUAUGAACCUCCAAUCCCCACUAGGGUUGGUAAGAAGAAGCGCAAGGCUAAAGGACCUGAUGCUGCGUUAAAACUACCUCAAGUGACACCACACACUCGGUGUAGACUGAAGCUGUUGAAAUUAGAAAGAAUCAAGGAUUACCUGCUUAUGGAGGAGGAAUUCAUCCGUAAUCAAGAAAGACUGAAGCCUCAGGAGGAAAAGAUUGAAGAGGAAAGGUCUAAGGUGGACGACCUUAGAGGAACUCCAAUGUCUGUGGGCAACUUGGAGGAAAUCAUUGAUGACAACCAUGCUAUUGUGUCUACCUCUGUGGGUAGUGAGCACUAUGUCAGUAUCUUGUCCUUUGUAGACAAGGAUCAGCUGGAGCCUGGCUGCUCAGUGCUCUUGAACCAUAAGGUUCAUGCUGUAGUAGGAGUUUUGGGUGAUGAUACAGAUCCUAUGGUCUCAGUUAUGAAGCUGGAGAAGGCUCCACAGGAGACUUAUGCUGAUAUUGGAGGUCUGGACACCCAGAUACAGGAAAUUAAGGAAUCUGUGGAACUGCCACUUACUCACCCAGAAUACUAUGAAGAGAUGGGUAUCAAGCCUCCUAAGGGUGUGAUUCUCUAUGGUCCGCCUGGAACUGGCAAGACCUUGUUAGCCAAAGCAGUUGCCAACCAGACCUCUGCUACUUUUUUGCGAGUUGUUGGCUCAGAGCUAAUUCAGAAAUACUUGGGAGAUGGACCUAAACUUGUUCGUGAACUAUUCAGGGUAGCUGAAGAGCAUGCUCCCUCAAUUGUGUUUAUAGAUGAAAUAGAUGCUGUGGGCACAAAACGUUAUGAUUCAAAUUCUGGUGGAGAGAGAGAAAUUCAGAGGACUAUGUUAGAGUUACUGAACCAGCUUGAUGGAUUUGAUUCACGAGGUGAUGUCAAAGUAAUCAUGGCCACAAAUCGCAUAGAGACAUUAGACCCUGCAUUGAUUCGACCCGGACGUAUAGACAGGAAAAUCGAAUUUCCUCUGCCUGACGAGAAGACUAAGAGAAGGAUCUUCACCAUUCAUACAUCAAGGAUGACUCUAGCUGACGAUGUCAAUUUAUCUGAACUUAUUAUGUCCAAAGAUGAUCUGUCUGGUGCAGACAUUAAGGCAAUUUGUACUGAAGCUGGAUUGAUGGCGUUACGAGAACGCCGAAUGAAGGUAACUAAUGAAGAUUUCAAGAAAUCAAAGGAGAGUGUCUUAUACCGCAAAAAGGAAGGCACUCCUGAGGGACUUUACCUAUAAAGAGUUUCCAUUUAAUAAUAUACAUAGUUGUUUAAUUAUUAAUUUUGCAUCUGUCUUCUAUAUUUUUCGCGCAAUAAAAUGUGCUAUAUAAUGAUA